AGGGUGCUAUCCAGUGUGACCUUACCAAACACAGCAGGUCUUAUGAAGGAACAAGUUACAGUAUAUCCAACAGUAUGUCAACCCAGCUUUGUGAUAUAGAAGAUGUAGAAAUUGAAGAAUGCCCACCAGAUACGAGGGAUGCUGGCACAGCCAGGGUAUGUGAGGGUUGUCCUGGUAAAGAACUCUGUCUGUCUCAAGUUAGUAAGCCAGACCCAGAUCAGCAAGUAAUUGAUACAAGAUUAAGAGCAAUUAAGCACAAGAUUUUAGUGCUCUCUGGAAAAGGAGGUGUUGGUAAAUCUAGCAUAGCAGCAAUGAUGUCUCAGAUAUUAGCAAGUGAUGGCCACCGUGUUGGACUCUUGGAUGUAGACAUCUGUGGCCCAAGUAUUCCCUUACUUAUGGGUGUGGUAAAUCAACCCAUAUUGGACUCACAGUGGGGAUGGAAGCCAGUAGU